AAGGUUAAAUGAGGCAAGCAACCCUCUCGUUCUCUUCUGCUGUGCUGAGUGAGGGUCUGCCAUGUAGAGUAACAGGCAGUUCCGAAUACAUGUUGGAUGAGUUCCACAGACCCUGGACACCCAUAAAGUUUGAGUGAGAACACACUGGGAAGAAGCAUUACAGCCCAGACUGCAGGACCAUGGAGGGUCUUUCUAUGGAGGCCAGUGCUUCUGCAGCUCUGCUGAUGGCAUCCUGUCUGCUGGCACUGUCUGAGCCCAGCUGUAAUCAGACCCAGUUUCUGCACUCUAAUGGCAGUUGUGCUGACUGUCCUGUCUGUGGACCUGGGGAGCAGCUAACAGACGACUGUGGUUAUGGGGAUGGGGGAGAGGGCGGCCGCUGUGUGGCGUGUGCAGAGGGGCAGUUCAGUACUGAGACUGGGUUGGCCCCCUGCUGGCAGUGCACUCGUUGUAUUCUGCUAAACCGCCAGGAGAGAGCAGUGUGCUCACCCAUCAACAAUGCCCAGUGUGGCAACUGCCUCCCAGGGUAUUAUAAGCUCAGAAGUAGGAGUGGGGAGGUGGACCUGUCGUGCAUGCCCUGUUACAGCCCAACACGCAAGAUCCGGAAAGAGUGUUUACCUUUGCAGUGGAAACACACCUCCACAGCAGUGCUGCUAGCAAACAAUUAUAACGUCUCUGUAAGCCUUCCACUGGUAGCGCCCAUUGAUGUUCAAAUCAUCUUCCUCGGAGUGAGAAUUUCAUUGGCAAUCACUUUUUCCAGGAGAAGUUUCAAAGGAGUUACAGAGAACAUGACGCUGAAUACGGUCCAAGUCUCCAUGGCUCUUAUUGGUUCAGUGACUUCCGCCUCAAUCUUCCUACUGCUUCUGUUACUUUGGGCCUUACUACUGAUCAUUGAGAGAUUCGAACAGGUUCCAAAGUAUUGUCCUGAAGGUCUACAUUUUGAAGUAGGCACAGCCUUCCCACGGAAUACACUCCUCUCUAACACCACAGAGACUGGAGCGAUACCAUCAAUUACCCCACCAGAGAGUCCUGGACCAACCCAGGACGCCCACCACAGAUGCCUAAGCUCACUGAGCCGUGAAGGUGAAGUGCAUCCCACCUCUAUUGUCAUCAAUGUCACCACCAACAUCAAGCCAUCCCUUCAACAUGGAGGUGAAGACGGCCCCUGGGAGGGUCAGAGAGGACACUGUCACACACCAGAGGAGAUGGAACAAAAACUGUUGGAAAUCUGCAAAGUUUCUCAAGGUCAGAGUCUGGAGGAGCUAAACUAUGACACAGUCCAGGACCUGUCUCUGCUGCUGGACUCAGGGGGCUGUGGCCGGGGCAGCGGGGUGAGAAGGCUGGGCUAUUCCUUGGGUGUCACCCCGGAGGUCCUUUCUAACCUCCAUGGCUUCCAGGAUCUCUUCCAGUACCUGCGCACCUCCACCUACAUCCUACUGCCCCAACUGGCCCAGGCCGCCGCCCUCCUGCCCCGCCCUGACGUUGUUGCUAGGAUACACCGUGGUCUGGUGGUCAAUCACACAGAGAUAUCCAGGCCCUAGGGACAUGUUGCCAAUCCCAACUUGGCCUGUGUGACAUACAGUGCAUUCGGAAAGUAUUCAGACCCUUGACUUUUUCCACAUUUUGUUACGUUACAGCCUUAUUCUAUAAUGGACUCAAUUGUUUUUUCCCCCUCAUCAAUCUAAACACAAUACCCCAUAAUGACAAAGCAAAAACAGGCAUUUAGAUUUUUCCCCAAAAAAACAUUAAAUAAUAAUAACUGAAAUAUCAGAUUUACAUAAAUAUUCAGACCCUUUACUCAGUACUUUGUUGAAGCACCUUUGGCAGCAAUUACAGCCUCAAGUCUUCUUGGGUUUGACGCUACAAGCUUGGUACACCUGUAUUUGGGGAGUUUCUUCCAUUCUUCUCUACAGAUCCUCUCAAGCUCUGUCAAGUUGGAUAGGGAGCGUCGCUGCACAGCUAUUUUCAGGUCUCUCCAGAUUUGUUCAAUCGGGUUCAAGUCCGGGCUCUGGCUGGGCCAUUCAAGGAUAUUCAGAGACUUGUCCCCAAGCCACUCCUGGAUUGUCUUGGCUGUGUGCUUAGGGUCGUUGUCAUGUUGGAAGGUGAACCUUUGCCCCAGGUCCUGAGGUCGUGGGGCAAAGGUCAUGAGCGCUGACGUCUUUAACAUUUUGGAGCAGGUUUUCAUCAAGGAUCUCUCUGUACUUUGCUCCGUUCGUCUUUCCCUCGAUCCUGAUUAGUCUCCCAGUCCCUGCCACUGAGAAACAUCCCCACAGCGUGAUGCUGUGGUGCUCUGUCAUUGUCACCAUCACCUCCCUGACCAAGGCCCUUCUCCCCCGAUUGAUCAGUUUUGCCAGGCAACCAGCUCUAGAAAGAGUCUUGGUGAUUCCAAACUUCUUACAUUUAAGAAUGAUGUCCACAGUGUUCUUGGGGACCUUCAAUGCUGCAGAAAUGUUUUGGUACCUUUCCCCAGAUCUGUGCCUCGACACAAUCUUGUCUCGCUCUACGGACAAUUUCUUCGACCUCAUGGCUUGGUUUUUGAUUUGACAUGCACUGUCAACUGUGGGACCUUGUAUAGACAGGUAUGUGCCUUUUCUAAAUCACGUCCCAUUCAAUUGAAUUUACCACAGGUGGACUCCAAUCAAGUUGUAGAAACAUCUCAAGGAUGAUCAAUGGAAACAAGAUGCACCUGAGCUCAAUUUCGAGUCUCAUAGCAAAGGGUCUGAAUACUUAUUUAUUUAAUGAAUUUUCAAACAUUUCUAAAAACCUGUUUUUGCUUUGUCAUUAUUGGGUAUUGUGUGUAGAUUGAUGAAUAAGGCUGUAGCGUAACAAAAUGUGGAAAAAGUAAAGAGGUCUGAAUAAUUUCUGAAUGUACUCUAACACCAUGACAUGAAGUCAGCAUGGUAUGUCACACCCUGGUUUGAAAUUAUACUCUUGGAUAAUGCACUAGUUCUGCAAUUCAUUGUUAAAAAGAGGGACUGACGGCUUGUUAAAUGGUACCAAUUAUGUCAAUGUUGGUUUAAUCAAGCGAAACGGAGCAGAACUUGACAGUUUGAAAUGUGAUUUAUUUUGGGCUAUAAACUGCUAUUACUUGUG